CUUUGAAGUUAUUCAUCAUUCGUAAUUUUCUGCUGAAUACGCCUUCCGCCUUCCGGAAACAUGAAAAAUAUAUUUAUCUUCAUCUGUUUCUUCAGUUCCUUGGCAUUACUAUUUGCAACAGAAUCUGUGAAAUCAGACUGCUCAGAAAAGGAAACAGCUCUUGCCUUACUCGAAAAAGCUGAAAAUUUCCUCACCAAAGCAGGAGACUCUUAUCCUACGUGCAAGAACAAUUUAAAUUCUACUGAUCAAUAUGACAGUGAAAAAUCUUUGGCCUACAUUAAAAUCUCAAAGAAGCUGAUUUCAGACGUGAGAGAAGCCUUUCCAUCAUGCUCCAAGCCUACUGCAGAUGACGAUCAGCAUGUCGUAAAAGAGGAGAAACUCAGUGACUGCUUUGAAAUUUUAGCAAGUGGACGCAAUAAGAGUGGAAUCUACAUAUUAUGGCCGAGGGAGUUCCCAACAGAAAGGCCAUUGAAAGCCUAUUGUGAUAUGGAUACAGAUGGUGGAGGAUGGACGGUUAUUCAAAGAAGAGGAAAAUUCCCGUUUCAACAAGAUUUCAAUAAGGAUUGGGAACGCUACAAGAAUGGUUUCGGGAAAUUAACAGAAGAAUUUUGGUUAGGUAAUGAAAACAUACGUGUUUUGUGUCUUAGAGGGUGCAAAAUACGUUUUGAUCUCCAAGAGGAGAAAGGAGGUAGAUUUUUUGCAGUUUAUGAGGACUUUAGCCUAUCAAGCACCAAUUACCGCAUUGAUAUCAGUGGCUACUCAGGAAAUGUAACUGACACAAUGCAGUACCAUAAUCAAUAUGAAUUCUCCACAAAAGACAAAGGCAAUACCGGAUUAGCAAAUGAAUAUCAGUCAGGAUGGUGGCAUAGACAAAAUGGUGUCUGUAACUUAAAUGGUGUUUACAAACCUGGCAAAAGUAGUACGCAAUACGUUAACUGGUGGAAGCGUGACAACUUGGCAACCGUUGAAAUAAAAGUGAAGCCAAACUAAAUCGAUUCUGCUGCAUGUGAA